CCUCUCUCCAAACUUUCUGCCGGCUGGCUGGCGUGUGUGCAUCCAUCCAUCCCACUAUCAAAGCGCGACCCGACCCGCGACUUGGAUUCCAUCAUACCUCAGCCAGCAGCAAUACCUGUCGCUGCUGCUUAGUAGUUUUACCGAACCGUCUUUCGAAGCGGUUCUAUCUCAACAACCGAUACAUAAGAAGCUGCUUUGCGCCAUUGCACAGCUUCAGACCCUGUAGCAACAGACGAACGGCUUUUUAUCACGACCACAACAUACGAUACGCGCGACAGCUCUAUACUGCCCAGCUCGAGUCUCACGACUCCCAGCACAAGCCAAACAUGGCUGGUCUUUUCGGUUCCGCCGCCGCAUCCGCGAGCAACACCCUCGGCGAUCUCAAGCAGGAUGUCGAGCUCGGCCAACCCCCCGAGGACAGCAUCAGCGACCUUGCCUUCAACCCCAAUCCCGCCGACCAGAAGGACUUCCUCGCCGUAGCCAGCUGGGACAAGAAGACACGCAUUUACGAGAUCUUGAGUAAUGGUCAAGGUCAGGGACAGGCCAUGAUUGAGCAUGAUGCCCCCGUUUUCUCUUGCGAUUUCUUCAAGGACGGCACAAAGGUCAUCUCCGCCGGCGCCGACAAGGCCGCCAAGGUUCUCGAUUUGGCCACCGGUCAGUCGAUGCAGGUCGCUGCCCACGAUAUGCCCAUCAAGUGCGUUCGCUACUUCGAGGCCAAUGGCACGCCCAUGGCGGUGACAGGUGGUUGGGACAAGCAGAUCAAGUACUGGGAUUUCCGCUCCGCGAAUCCGGCCGCCACGGUGCAGGCCCAGGAGCGCGUUUAUACCAUGGAUGUGCGCGACAACUUGCUCGUGGUCGGAACCGCUGAUCGCUAUAUCAACGUGAUCAACCUGAAGGACCCCGGCAAGUUCUACAAGACAAUGCAGAGCCCUCUUAAAUGGCAGACUCGUGUGGUCAGCUGCUUCAACGAUUCUCAGGGCUUUGCUAUCGGCUCGAUCGAGGGUAGAUGCGCCAUUCAAUAUGUGGAGGACAAGGAUUCUGCCUCCAACUUCUCUUUCAAGUGCCACCGCGACCCCGCCCAAGGCAACACCACGGCCGUCCACGCUGUCAACGACAUCUCCUUCCACCCCCAACACGGCACCUUCAGCACAGCCGGUAGCGACGGCACCUUCCACUUCUGGGACAAGGACGCCAAGCACCGUCUCAAGGGUUACCCCAACGUCGGCGGCAGCAUCACCUCGACAACGUUCAACAAGACCGGCAGCAUCUUUGCCUACGCCAUUAGUUAUGACUGGAGCAAGGGCUACCAAGGCAACUCGCCCACGUACCCGACCAAGGUCAUGCUUCACCCAGUACAGCAGGACGAGUGCAAGCCCCGUCCGAGCGUUAAGAAGAGGUAGGGGCAUAACUUGACGACGGCGAACAGGGAUAGAAGAAAAUGGAAACUGCAUGUAAGACGCACAAGGAGCUACGAAGAGUGAUGUGGAAAGUUGGCUAUCCGGAGUAUCUGGAUAAGGAAAGGGUGCUUCAUCUCCUUUCUAGACUAGGGACCAAAAAUAAAUAGGGACAAAGCAUGGAGGAGGUCAUGUUAUAGUAGUGUGGAAACGGCCGAAGAGACGGUACGAAAGUGAUGGAUGACAAGAAUCAACGAUACCAGAGGUCUACACGGCAAGGAACGAAGGGAAGAGGAAGCAAGCAGCAGCGCGACUUCUUUUAUGAAUUUGGUAGUUUAGGCAGUUAGGUUAAUCAAUGGGUUUCAAGUGUAACGAGUAGAGAUUGACUGAGCUAUAUUUCAGAUCCGUGAACAUGUCUUCCAUUUUUCCAUGUCGUG